AAAUAUAUUGGAGAUUGGUCACUUGGCAAAACCAUUGGUGAAGGAAGCUCUGGAAAGGUCAAAUUGGCUGAAAAUAUUGUCACAGGAGAAAAGUCAGAUCUACACUCGCUAGGCUCUGAUGCACUUGGUAAAAUAUACAAGCGUGAACUCUACAUGAUUCGUGAAGCUGCACUUGGAGCAAUGCUAGAUCAUCCAAAUAUUGUAAAACUUCAUUCUGCUGUUUUGGGAGAAAACCACUUUUAUUGCUUUUUUGAGCAUAUUGUUGGAGAAGAUCUAGUUGAUUAUAUUACACGAUGUGGCCGAAUCAAAGAAACUCCUGCUCGUGGUAUAUUUCGACAGGUUCUUUCUGCAAUUGACUAUGCUCAUCGCAACUAUGUAGUUCAUCGUGAUAUCAAGCUGGAAAAUAUCAGAUACAAUGAAAAAACAGGAAUGGUCAAGCUUCUUGAUUUUGGAUUUGCAACCUUUCAUACAGAAAAAGACAUGCUUUUGACUAAUUGUGGAAGUCCGUGCUAUGCUGCUCCCGAGAUCUAUGACAACAAGCCAUAUCAUGGACCAGAAGUGGAUAUAUGGUCACUUGGUGUUUGUUUAUAUGGUAUGAUUACUGGAUCGCUUCCAUUUGACGGUCCCACUUUUAGACUACUCGCUUCACGUGUUCGUGCUGGAAAAAUCACUUUUCCAAACUACGUAUCUGAAAGUGCAGAGAAUUUGAUUACUUCUAUGUUGACGGUGAUACCACGAAAGCGCGCUACUCUUGAGCAUGUUUUACAACAUCCAUGGGUC